CCGAGGUAACCGAGUACCGGAGCGGCGCUGAAUCCAGCCCCAAGCUUCGUGGUUUUCACGACCAACCGGCUCUUUAGCUUAUAAAACAAUUUCUUUCCGACUUCAGCUACAGUGUUAGCUAAGUUUGGAAAGGAGAAAAAGGGAGAAACGCCGUGUCUUUUUUGUUUUUGUGUCGCCGUACGAUGCUGUGUUAGCCGGGGGAUCGACCUACUUUAACGAUACAGUACAAGAAGAGACGCGGUAGAGCGAGAAAAAAAGCAAUUUUCACUUGGUUAUUUUUGCCAUUUGGACAGCUUUAAAAUGGAUAACUCUGGACCUAAGAAGACGUGCUGUGAAUCUGUCCGAGACUUCUUCACUUCAGCUAAAUUCCUUAUUUACAUGGGACAUGCUCUGUCAACAUGGGGUGACCGAAUGUGGAACUUUGCCGUGGCUGUUUUCCUGGUGGAGCUGUAUGGGAACAGCCUGCUGCUCACCGCCGUGUAUGGGCUGGUGGUGGCCGGUUCCGUGCUGCUGCUGGGGGCCAUCAUUGGGGACUGGGUGGACAGAAAUCCCAGACUCAAAGUGGCCCAGACUUCGCUGCUCGUCCAGAACAGUUGCGUCAUCGUGUGUGGGAUCCUCCUGAUGGUUGUUUUCCAGUUCAAAGAACAGCUUGUGGAGCUUUACAAUGGAUGGAUUCUGACCACCUGCUACAUUCUGGUGAUCACCAUCGCCAACAUUGCUAACCUAGCCAGCACGGCUACAUCCAUCACCAUCCAGAGGGACUGGGUGGUGGUUGUGGCCGGUCAGGACAGCAGCAAGUUGGCAGACAUGAAUGCCACAGUGCGGAUUAUCGACCAGCUGACCAACAUCCUGGCUCCCAUGCUGGUUGGUCAAAUAAUGGCCUUUGGCUCCCAUUUCAUUGGCUGCGGCUUCAUCUCCGGCUGGAACCUGUGCUCCAUGUGUCUGGAGUACGCGUUGCUGUGGAAGGUCUACCAGAAGACGCCGGCGCUGGCCGUGAAAGCCGGCCAGAAGGAGCAGCAGCAGGAGCUCAAACAGCUCAGCCCCCAGAAAGACUUGGAGGACGGCCAGAGUCCUGAGGAGUCAUCUCAGCCGCUGAUGAACGAAACCUCAGUGGUGACCAAGCCCGACUCUCCCAAGCAGCGCGGCUGUUGCUACCAGGCGACCGAACCUCUGCGAACCUUAAAGGCUGGCUGGGUGGCGUACUACAACCAGAACAUCUUCUUCGCCGGCAUGUCCCUGGCUUUCCUCUACAUGACGGUGCUGGGCUUCGACUGCAUCACCACGGGCUACGCCUACACGCAGGGCCUCAACGGCUCCGUGCUCAGCCUGCUGAUGGGGGCCUCGGCCGUGUCGGGCAUUUGCGGCACCGUCGCCUUCACUUGGGUUCGCAAGAAGUGCGGCCUGAUCCGCACAGGCUUCAUUUCGGGCAUGGCCCAGCUGUCCUGCCUCAUGCUGUGCGUUGUCUCCGUCUUUGCUCCCGGGAGCCCCUUCGACCUCAGCGUGUCACCCUUCCAGGACCUUUACACCCACCUGAUCGGAGAGAAGACGCUGCCGGAGGCCGACCACAGCCUCACCAGCGUUCUUACCGGUGGAAACGCCACUACUGCUGCCCCAGCUGAAGAGCUGCCACCUCUGCAGUCCUACAUGUCUGUUAGUCUGCUGUUUGCUGGCGUCAUUGCUGCUAGAGUUGGCCUGUGGUCUUUUGACCUGACGGUGACUCAGCUCAUCCAGGAGAAUGUGAUCGAGUCGGAGCGAGGUGUGAUCAACGGCGUCCAGAACUCCAUGAAUUACCUCUUAGACCUGCUGCACUUCAUCAUGGUGAUUCUGGCGCCGAACCCCGAGGCCUUCGGCCUGCUGGUCAUCAUCUCCGUCUCCUUCGUAGCCAUGGGUCACAUCAUGUACUUUGCAUUUGCCUUCAAGAGCCUUGGAAGCCGCCUCUUCCUCUGCUGCUCGCCAGAGCAGAAGGUGGAGACGGAGGACAGCCCCUCACUUCCUACCACCGUCUAACCGCAUUAAAGAGACUCUGUCCUGGGUACAUAUUUCUUAACCCUUACCCUGCAUCUUACUUAUCUAGCAUCUUUUCUUGUAGCUGGCAGAAUGCUAAUGCUAACGUAAAACCAGACAAAGGUAACCUAACGUGCUUUGCAUAGCCAUUAAUGAAGCAUUACACAUUAGCAGAGGGAGGUAAGUAGAAUGCUUACAGUUUUAGAGAACUAAUCCAUAGCAGAACCUUAGAUAAGGUAGAUAAGAUAACACUUUCAGUCUGGGAGUCAGGUGAGAGCCUCAGUCUCUCGUCUAUGGGUCCACGCCCUUUGAUACAUGUACUGUCAAACAAGGAUCCAUCACAUCUAGGCUCCUGACCCCAAUGUGUGGGUCCUGUUAAAGAAAUCAGGGGAUGAGGCGCUGUACAAGAUUCUCCUCCUAACAGCCUGGAUCUAGCUGUAAAGAUGUUUAAAAGGUGCUUCAGCUAACUAACAGGCAAAACGAGGGCAAGGUCUUGCAGGGAAGCAGGCACUGAGGCUUGGAUUAAAGGGGGCGACUGUUGGCUGAGACCCCCAAACACAGAACGCCCCCCCGUUUUCUGACACUUGCCUCUCAGUGACUUCAUUGGUGCUGUAGCUGUGUCUGCUAGCUGUUCUCUGAUAGCCUCCUCUUGGUUGUAUCAGCUUACAUAUACAUGUAUGAUGAGCAGGUUGAGGAUGUCCCCCUCCAGAGGGCGGGAAGAAGCUUUUUAUUUAACCAAACACAAAACUGGGAUCUAGUCUCUUUAACAUGUGGUUAUAAGGGUUAUGCAAUUAACUGUAUUUAUUCAGGAAAUGCAGACGGUGGUUUUUGUAACUGUAUCAUCAGUAUUGUGUUGCGCGCUAGCGGUUGUGCCAUAAGAAAGAAGUGAGAAAUCCUAUGCAGCCUUGUCAAUAGCUCUCUCAGUUACCAAAGUCCAAGUCCACAUGUGGCAUAAAAGGAAGUGAGGGAAACCUGUUAUCUGUCUGAAGCAUUCCAAAUCUAUAUUUUUACACCAGGUGACAGUAGUUGUGUAGGUUCAUUAAUGCUUUCAUACACCCCGAGUAUAUCUGAAUAUUUCUAACCCACUCUGAGAUUGUACUUAAAUUUUGUUUUUCUGCUAGUUUACGUUUAAUGCUGUUAUUUUGUCACCUUUUGAUCUUCAUGUUCUCUUCAGUAAUUUUUCAAUCGUGAUUGUUGUUACACCGGCACUUUAAGUGAUUGACGUCUGUCAUAACGCGUGAUCAGGCAUUUGAUCAAUAUUUUUGCACAAGGCUGAAGUCCUGACUCUCCCCUCCCUAAAAAAAACCCCUUCCUGCUCAUUCUUAGUUAAAUCACUAACAGUCUCCUUGUGUUUUUGGGCGCUGUGGGGGGAUUGUGGUUAUAAAAGGCACAUAUUGUAGCACUCAGCACCACGUGUUCAUGAGGAAAAACUACCUGGCUUGUGAAAAAGUCUGAAUACGCCGUGAAUUUACCCCAGAUACCCCCGUUUUCUCUAAAAGUCAGGCGAAGAGCUUAGUCUCUUAUCUGAUCUCAGUUAACUGCCUCAGACUGCCAACAGGCUCUGGACCGGGACUGAGUCAGGGUUUUGCUUCUUAUUCUGUAAGCUUCAGCAGAGGUGGAAACAUUUUACUUACAGUUCUGACCCUUACGUUGACAUCUUUGCUGCUACAGUAGAAGUUAAAGUUUGUGGCAUUUAUGCAUCCUACUUUCCCCUUGAAGUGAUUUUUUUUUAGUUUAAAAUCACAGAUAUUUGGAAAGUAGCUUUGCUUUAAAGUGAGGCUAUGUCGCUUUUUCUGAACUGUGGCCACUGUGCAUAUGUUAAAGUCAUAAAGGAAGCAAACUGGCUGAGUAAUGUCCGUUACACAGCAGUAACUUUACCUAAAGUUUGCGAACAUAAGCUAACAUUAGCCAUCAUAAGAUACUGGUCACGCCAGACCCAGUAAGGCUGUAGCAGCAAAAGCUGAGUGUGUUGAACUGAGCAAGGCUGUGUUUUAAUGCUUUGAUUUUUCAUUUGUUGAAGAGGAAUAAUGUUUUAUUUCAUCUCUCAGAAAUUAUAUAAUCUCACCUUUAAAAUCUAAGAAAAAGUAGCUCUAACUCGCUCCUUUCCUCCUCUGAUCAGUGAUUUCUGUCGCCUUAUUGUAAAUUAGCCUUGACAGCUGUUAAACGCACACAUGUGGCUACAUCGACGGUAACUGGCCGCACCCCACCCAUGAAAAACCGGGCCAGUCUAGCCAAGAUUUUGGUAAGGGAGGAAGAAAUGUUUAGGUUGGACGCAGACGUAGCUCCACCAGAUGUAGGAGAACAGAAGGCCACUUUUUAGCUGCACACUCCCAUGAAACCUGGUGGAGGAUGUGGUGGUGAGUCAGGAUGUCUGCAGGUGUGCCAUGAGGUGCACACUCACAGGGAAUGGAGCUUGGUUUCAUGUUCCACUCGGGUUUAACGUGACCUCAAACUCGUUCUGGGCAUGAGAACAAAACCAGCUCUUCGGUCGGUCUGCUGAUUCAGGAAUAUCACACAUGGCCAUAACUCUAUAUUUUUAAUGUAAAUAACAUUAGCUGUCAGUCAAUAUAAACUUACUUAAAUACACAAUUGGAAAAGGCAAAAAAAAAUAACUAUACCGUGUUUACUGUUGCCAUGCUGUUUUUUUUACAUGUUUUUAUAUACAUAGUGUUAACAUUUUGUGUCAAAUUGAGGUUUCUUAAAGAUUUUUUAAAUUUGUGUAUAAAGUACAAUUACUGCAUUUUAUCUGAGUACAUCUGUAUCAUACUGCUUUAAUCUGACUAUAUAUCUCUCUGUAUAUACAGUAUAUAUAUAUAUCAGUGUUAUAUAUAUAGUUUUAGUUCAGUAGACAAAAGCAUUAAAUCAUAAAGAAAUCAGCCAUUUUUGUGUAAUAAUCGCACUCCACUGAAUAUAAGAAUGUUGGUAAUGCUUGUAUUGCAUGAGGUCUCCAAAAUAAAGAAAACCAUCACAAUU